AUGCAAUAGAACUCAUCUUAAACGGCUAUCCAAACAGAGAGCAAGAGCUAUAUCAAGGAGUCCAAAUAUGUAACCAAGAUUGAUGCCAAAUUGGUUGAAAUUCCAGACAAUGACGAAUUCGAGAAAAUCGUGGAAUUUGGCAAGGAACGUGAAUAUGGUCUUUGUAUAAUUUAAUGA